AUGCAGAACCUUUCAGGCAAGGCGGUCACUUUCGAGGACGUCGAACAAGCGGCCGGCCGCAUCAGGGGAUACGCCGUGCGCACACCCUUGUUGCAGCACCCGGCACUGGACGAGCGGGCAGGGGCAAAGGUCCUGGUGAAACCGGAAAGCCUGCAACGAAGCGGGUCAUUCAAAUUUCGUGGCGCUUUCAAUUGCCUUAACCUCAUACCGGAAGAGGAACGCACGAAGGGUGUGGUCGCGUGUUCGUCGGGCAAUCACGCUCAAGGAGUGGCGGCCAGUGCUCGCAUUCUGGGCAUCUCCGCGACGAUCGUGAUGCCGGCCGAUGCCCCAAGGGUCAAACUUGAUCGUACCCGGGAUUUUGGGGCGAAGGUCGUUACCUAUGACAGGGCACACGAGGACAGGGACAGAAUUGCCGCGGAGAUUUGCGCGGAAAAUGAUGCGACAUUCGUGCAUCCUUUCAACGACCCGGCGGUGAUUUCAGGACAGGGAACCGUCGGUCUUGAAUUUGCACAACAGGCUGAUGAACUGGGUCAGAAGCUCGAUGAUGUGCUGGCUUGUACGGGCGGUGGCGGACUUUCCAGCGGAAUAGCGCUUGCGCUCGCGUUAAAAUCUCCUUCAACCCGGUUUCACACUGUCGAGCCGGAGCUGUUCGAUGACUACAAGCGGUCGCUCGAAGCUGGUGUCCUCUUGUCGAAUGCCGCCAGGUCCGGAUCGAUCUGCGACGCGCUGCUUUCGGAAACUCCCGGAGAAAUCGGUUUUUCCAUUCUGAGCCAACUUGCCUCUGAGGGCCUGACAGUGAGCGAUGAGGAAGUGCUGGAAGCGGUUGCCUUUGCUUUCAGGGAACUGAAGCUCGUUGUCGAACCCGGCGGUGCGGCAGCGCUCGCAGCCGUUCUAUCCGGGAAACUUCCAGUGGAAGGCAAGACAAUUGGUCUCGUGAUAACCGGCGGGAAUAUCGAUCCGGACAUGUUGUCGAGGGCAUUGUCGCGCUGA